GAGAGUGAGGGAGGGCACCUUGUGUUCAUCAGAGUUUUAUCGUUGCCUAAGUUUAGAUCUUGGCUCACAGACGGCUUCUCAAGUAACAAGGCUGCAGACUCACUUCAGCCACUCCACAUUGAGAUAGAAACAGAGCUCCACACAGAGCUUUAAAGGGAGACGCACAAAGGCACAGAACAGUGGCAAUUCACAAGAAAAUUAGAGGAGAGGCAGGAAAGGGGCUGUUAAUGCAGGACACUGUGAUAUAAUGAAACAUUUUAAGAAGGAGACACAGGCAUAGAGAGAGGAAGAGCACAAACUAUUCUUUUUGGAAAUAAUUCACUUGUGGUUCAUCACAUCAGUUGAUCUCUGCUUUUUACCUGCUGGGACUGGACAAUGACAGAGGAAGUAGAAGUGGGAGUUGACCUCUGUCCAACCUCCGGGUCUGAGCAACAUGCUCCACAUUUUCUACAAGAUGUCAUCUUCCACGGCAAGUUUAAGCUACUGAAGGCUCUAACCCCAGAGGAAAACACCCACUGCCAGCACGGCCUCUACUUCCAGGAUGGUCAGCGGCGUGUCGACUACGUCCUCACCUAUCCCGUGAAGAAGCCGACCGGGGGGCGUUCUAGCCGACAGCCAGCGCACCUGCUCACUGAAAAUGCUGUUGCCCGCAGCCUACGCCGUGGCCCCCAGAGCUGUGACGAACAUCUCCGACAUCACCGAGCACAAAGGGCGAGAGACUCAUCGUCCCUGCCGUCAUCACCAGUGGUCGACGUGGAGCUGGGCUGUCCGGGUGAGACCUUCAGCGGCCAGGAGGAUCACAAGACGUUCAGGAGGGAGGAGUUUGAGGGGAAACUCAGAGACAUGGGGCUGGAGUUGGAGAGAGAUGAGGAUGCCAAGAUUCCAGGAGUGGGCUUUGUGAAGAUUCAUGCUCCCUGGAACGUUCUCUGUAGAGAAGCCGAGUUAAUGAAGCUAAAGAUGCCCACCAAGAAGGUGUAUGAAGUCAAGCAGUCAAGCAGUGUUGUGGAGAAGAUCAGCUCUCUGGUCAGUAAAGUUCUGGAGCCUCUCCACCCCCAUGUUGAGGAACAUCAACCCAAGAACAUCAAACACCUGUCACACACUUUCUCCAGGGAAAAACAACACCUGUUUGACCUCUCAGACAAAGAUUACUUCUUUGACAGCAAAACCAGGAGUUCAAUAGUUUUUGAAAUACUAAAAAGAACAAAAUGCAAGGCCAAGUACAGCAUGGGUAUCACCAGUCUCCUAGGUAGUGGUGUCUAUACAGCAGCUUACCCUCUUCAUGAUGGAGAUAUUAAUGAGGAGAGUGCAGAGCCCAAUGACAGAAAGCUUUUGUAUGAGGAGUGGGCAAACUACAGUGUCUUCUACAAGUACCAGCCCAUCGGACUUGUGCGGAAGUACUUUGGCGAGAAGAUUGGUCUGUACUUUGCCUGGUUGGGUCUGUAUACCCAGAUGCUGAUUCCUGCCUCUCUAGUAGGGGUCAUUGUCUUUCUGUAUGGAUGUGCAACAGUCAAUGACAACAUACCAAGCAUGGAGAUCUGCCACCCAAAGAAUAACAUCACCAUGUGCCCUCUUUGUGACAGAGUGUGCAGCUACUGGAAACUUAGUACUGCCUGUGGAACCGCCCGGGCCAGUCACCUGUUCGACAACCCUGCCACCGUUUUCUUCUCUAUAUUCAUGGCUCUGUGGGCUGCCAUGUUCAUGGAGCAUUGGAAGAGGAGGCAGAUGAGACUGAACUAUGAAUGGGACCUGACUGGGUUUGAAGAUGAGGAGGAAGCUCUCAAGGACCACCCCAGGGCUGAAUAUGAAUUCAGGGUCAUGCAGAAGUCUGUGAGCAAAGAUCAGAAAUCAGAGCACAAGAUGGAAAAGCUCACAUGUCGAGACCGCCUCCCUGCCUACAUGACUAACAUUGUGAUGAUGCUGUUAAUGAUUGGUGUUACGUUUGCCAUUGUGUUUGGUGUGAUCCUUUACCGGAUUUCCACCAAAGCAGCUCUUCAUAUGAGCUCCAAUCCGGUCACUAGGAACCAUGUACAGCUGACGGUUAAAACGACAGCUGCCAUCAUCAACCUGGUGGUCAUCCUCAUACUGGACGAGGUGUAUGGAGUUGUGGCACGAUGGCUCACUGUGUUAGAGGUUCCUAAAACAGACAAGAGUUUUGAGGAACGACUCAUCUUCAAGACUUUCAUUCUCAAGUUUGUCAAUGCUUUCACCCCCAUCAUCUACAUUGCUUUCUUCAGAGGAAGACUGGUGGGCAGACCAGGCAGCUACCUGUAUGUGUUUGAAUCCUACAGAAUGGAAGAGUGUACUCAUGGAGGCUGUCUGAUGGAGCUGUGUAUCCAGCUGAGUAUCACCAUGGUGGGGAAACAGCUAAUUCAGAACAACCUCUUUGAGAUUGGAAUACCCAAGCUGAAGAAGCUGAUUCGCUACAUUCGGUCAAAGCAAGGGGCUUUUCAAGAAGAAGAGAGACAGAAGAAGCUGCAGAGAUAUGAAACCGACCACUUUCUGGAACCAUUUGCUGGGUUAACACCUGAAUAUAUGGAAAUGAUCAUCCAGUUUGGUUUUGUUACAUUGUUCGUGGCAUCCUUCCCCCUGGCUCCGCUCUUUGCUCUGCUCAACAACAUCAUCGAAAUACGACUUGAUGCCAAGAAAUUUGUGAUUGAGUUGCGAAGACCAGUGGCAGCAAGAGCCAAAGACAUUGGUAUAUGGUACAACAUACUAAGAGGGGUAGCAAAAGUGGCCGUCAUCAUUAAUGCCUUUGUCAUCUCCUUCACUUCAGACUUCAUCCCUCGUAUGGUCUACCAGUACAUGUACAGCCCUGAUGGCUCCAUGCAUGGAUUUGUCAACCAUACGCUGUCCUACUUUAAUGUUAGCCACUUCCAGAAUGGCAAAGAAACCAUGGAUCCUUUGCAGCUUGGCUACCCCGUUGAGAUCUGCAGGUAUAAGGACUACAGAGAACCUCCUUGGUCAACCACUCCAUAUGAGAUCUCAAAGGAAUUCUGGACGGUGCUGGCUGUCCGACUGGCUUUUGUCAUUGUUUUCCAGAAUGUUGUGAUGCUGAUGAGCGACAUUGUGGACUGGCUAAUUCCAGACAUCCCUAAAGACAUCAGCCUCCAGAUCCUCAAGGAGAAGAUUCUAUUGGUAGACCUAUUCAUGAAAGAAGAGCAAGGCAAGAUCCAUAUCCUUGAGAGCAGGGCCUCUACAGGGGGCAAGGAGAACUGCAGCAUGAGCAGCAGCAGCAACAACAAUAACAACAGCACAAUAGCUCACCCACGCUCCAGACUGCAUACCAACAGCACUAAAAGCCUCUAAUGCUAGUAACAAUGAAUUCUUAGUUCUUAGCCAGUCAAAGCUCGCCAGCAGCCUGUUUACUCAGGCCAACCUAGAAUCUGUGUUUUUGUUCUUGUUCAGAACAUUCCAACAAGUGGGAGAGAAGCUGCCUGAUGAUGUGGUUAAGCAAAAGUCAAUGUAUGGGGCCAAAUAUGUCGUACUGUGUGUCGAGAAUUGUAAAACAGUAUCUCAAUCUGUACAUGCACACUCUACGACAGCGUAUUAGGGCCAUUGUAGGUUAAAAAUAUAUAUAUAUAUAUAUUGUGCAGGGGGAGGUUUUUUUAAAAAACUACAAUGGCCCUAAUACACCGUCAUAGUACUCAGAUUUGAAAAUGUGUACAAGAAUCUCUAAAUGUAUACUAAGAUUUGUGAAUGUGUUCAAGAAUCUCUAAAUGUGCACUCAGAAAGGAGGAUAUUUACUAAAUCUGUCGCAAAUUACUGUCGGGUGCAACAUUUUUUGGGGUAGAGUGUGUAUUCAUCUUGCAAGAGGCAACUAUUGGAAACAGAAAGAUAAAGUCGUGUGAAAAAUAACAGGUUGUUGCACUGCUGCUCUUAUGUGUUGUGUGCUGAGUGGAGAGCUCUGGUAAACAAACUCUGUAAUGCAUCUUUUAAUUUGUGUUUCUCUCUGUCUCUGUCACUCACACUGUUUGGACCUGUAGUCUCUGAACCUCCUUUUCCCAAAUGUUAAAUUUCAGAUGCAAUGUCCAGUGCUGCAGAUCUCAGUCUGCGGCAAUAAAUCAGGUGCACCCGCUUUUCACAUAAAUUUACGUUCCCUCCUCUUACAUUUUGUGCCUCUGAAGAGUAAUGAGACCAAGCACCUAAUUUUCUGCUUUUUAUUCCAUUCUACUGGCUCAAAACCUUGGUGCGGUCCUUUAGUAUAUAAGAACAAUUUGACCGUUUAGCACCCUGAAAAAUGGCUGCAAAUUUUUUAUAAAUAUCUCUUAGGUAUUUAGCUUCAAGAGCUGGUUUCCUUUAAGUUCUUUGAAUUCUUCACUUCCACCUCACUUCCUCUCCUUUCCAUUGGCAAAAGUUGUGGAUGGUACCAAUAGAACCACUCCAUUCCAGUUCCAGUUUUUCAUCACUCACACAACGUUCCAAGUGAGCUGAGUCAAUACUAAAAGGUGGGGUUAAAACACUGCAGACCACUGAUUGGUCAGAGAGAAUUAGCACAACCGGAGUCCUCUGAUGUAGGAUUUCCCACACUUUUUCAGCAGUAUGUUGUCUUGCUGCCUGCAGCCUUUUCUCAAACAAAGCUUUUCUCCUUGUUGUGAUAAACAACCACAUACUGAGAAGAAAGAACACAAAACAUUAGAUGUCCUCCAUUGUGUUCUUGUAGUUAAAAGAGUAGCGUAACGCAGUGCAUAAUGUGUUUACGUAGCGAGUGUGUGGUUGAGCGAGUGAGAGAGAGUGAGCAGCUGAAAAGUGAUGGUGAAUGCAAGCGGAGCAGAGGAAAAGGUUAGCAGUAAGUUGUCAAACUGGCAGUAAAUGUACAGUUUAGGUUACAGUGUGUCAGAUAAUAAAUGUUGCAGCUUGUCAAGACCAAGAAAAGUCUUGUCUGUUGUUUCCCAACUGCUGGAAAAUUCAUUAGCCCCUAAGCCCCGGUAACAACCCCACCUACAUUUAAGAGUACGGUCUGUGGUGGAAGUGCAAAACAGAUCUAGGCUUUAGGUACGUAUAGGUACGGGUUUUAAGGGUACUAUACUUAAAGUAUUUGGUGGAAACACAGCAUAAGUUAGCAACAGCGAUGCAAGGACAAACUGCAGCCUGUAUGUUUAACAAUAUUUUUAGUAAGCAACCUGCACCAGACUAAUCCUCAUUUACUCCAUACGUUAGUCUGAGAUUCAGUCACAUAGUGUUCCCUAUGCAAGUAUGGUGUUUAUUUUGAUCAGUUAACAUGUCAAAGUUAACACAAGAGAAAAUUCUCAUAUUGCAAGUCGCAGAAUAUUGCAAAUUUGUCCAAAAUGGUCCCCUGGUUAAUAGCUGAAAAAAUAACAUUUAAAUAUUUCAAGAUUUAUGUAGGGGACGCUAUGUGACAAAAUCACAGAGUAACGUAUGGAGUGCUGAGGUCACUGGGGCUAUGAACAUGUCAUCUGUAUAAAAUAACAGUAAAAGGAAUUUUGGUUUUGGAGGGUGAUGAGUAAAACUUACACCAGUUUAUGCCUACUGCAGUUGCUGAUCACUAAUGCUUUUUCUGUGCUGUGUUCAGAGUGAGCUACAAAGAGCUGAACUGUUUGCUGUUUACUGUCUGCUGUCAUCUGAUCAACUUGUGGAAGAUGUCCAGCUGAACAGAUUCCUUGAUCUGCUGCAAUGAGAACCACCAGUAACACAGCAGGUAAGAAAUUCUGUUGUGACACAAAAACCCCAGACAAUCUUAAUAUGUAGACACUUAAGGGAUCAGUGCAUCAAAACUUCUCUUGACAAGACAUUUGCAGGACUUUUUGUCUAUGACUUAGCAUUGCAAAGAAUUCCAAAAUGUUGAAAACAGUAAUUUUUUAACAAACUGUUUAAAUUAUUAUUGUAUUGUAAGCCACAGCAACUUGAUUUGUAUAGCACCUUUCAUACACAGAGGCAAUCCAAAUUGCCAAAUCAUCAGAUUUUAAGCUCAGCCAUUUCAGGUGUUUGUUUGUGCUGUCACAACUCACACUGAGUCCAUAACAAGCACAAAUCUGUAGGUCUUGGGCACACGGACUGUGCAGCCAUUGCCAAGUGCACCUGCUAUUUUGGUUCAUCUAUGUGUAGCAGUGGAAAGUGUAAAAGGGCUGGGUGAAUAUUGACCAGAAUUAACCAGAUACUCUUGCAAUGAUCUCUAAGAGACCAAAUCAGGUACAUUAUAACAUCCGUAUUAAAAUUGCAAAUUGGCCAAUUCACACAAGAUCUAAAAGCACCAGUGUCUCUUAAGCAAGGUACAUGGAGUGUUGGUCAGUGCUUGCAUGUGCAUUUGGAGCAGCAUUGGUUGAAAAGGCGUGGACUGAUUACAGAGUGGACUCCAGGAGUGGACUCUGGUCAUCGUAAAAGGAAUGACCAUCCAUUGGUGAUUUCACUUAGUGGUCAAAGGAUGUUACAGCAUUCUUGUGUGGGAUUGUUCGGUGUCAGAGGUCCAGGGAUUUCCUGCAUGGAUUUUGGUUGAUGCUGAAGUGGAGAUGAUGGCAGUUGCAAGUUUAAUAUGUAAUGUGUCUGCUCUUUAUUCUGAGGUUUAUUCCUACACUGUCUUUAAAAGGUAAGUCACAAUUGUUUCUUGGAGAUGUCAGGGAACCACUUCAGACGAGUUUUGCAAGAUGGACAGAUGUAUAUAUGUCCACUGCAGUCAAUGCUAAACUCUACAACAUUCUUCAACAAAUCCAACACAUAAAUGAAAUAUCAGACAUGUUGCAACCUGGUCAAAAAUCAGUACAUAUUUUCAAAAACAUGGAUCAGAUUGGCUGUAAAAGUAAUGACCACUUUGUUUAAAAACAUCUAGUAGCUAACACAAAUUACUACUGCAAAGAAAGUAAUGAGGCAGUGUUAAAAUCUAUUUCUUGUAUUGGACUCAGUGCAAGUAGUGACCGACCAUAUGAUGUAGUAUUAAGGUCUUGUCAUUUUUACAGCUUAUUAAUAUAUUACUAAGUUUUCAAUUUUGAAUUAUUUUGCUAUGCUAAUUCGUAGACAAAAAUCUUGCAGAUCUCAUGUUAACAGAAGUUUUGGAGUAGUGAUAGCCAUCAAUCUAACUGUCCACAUACAGAGAGCUGAAGUGAAACCGAAAACGUCAUUCAUUGACAUUUUCAUUGUCCGGCUAGCCUGGACGUGAUGUCAGGACUUCGGCUCUCUAUUGUGACUGUAGCUUUUCUGUGGUCUUCUGUGUCAGAACAACAUUCUUAACUGCUGUGUUAGAUACUGAUGGCUCUUACUGCAGCAUGAUGAGUUUGUACAGCUUCUACAGGUUGAUCAGAUCACAGCAGACAAACACACCAUGGCUACCAGUAGCGCCCUCUGAAUACAGCAUGGAAAAAGCUUAGUGAUCAGUUUACUUAAGGUUUCAGGUCCUUAAUACCUACAACUAUAUAGCAAAUGUAACGUGUCCCACUGCAGCAGGCAAACACUGUCCUCAUUUUUCCCCGUAUCAUACAGCUGAUGUGUCCACUGACUGUAAAGUUAUACUGUCACAACAUGCUGAUGUUGCUUACUAAAAAUAUAGUAUAACAUGCAGGUUGUUGUUUGCAUUCCUGUUACUAACUUAAAGAUCUCUACAGCCUGUUAAUAAUAAUUUGUUUGCUUCCUACAGGCUGUGAUGUUCCGUAUACUUGUUUACAGAAACAGGCUAGAUGCUAACACUAGCCAACUCCCAACAGUAAAACACAGUAGAUGAGAAUUGCGCACAUCCACUGCAAUAAUGUUAGUAACUCUUGCGAAUGCCCAAAAAGUUGAUGCCACUGCCACUGCUGUUUCUGAUAGCCACUUGCUAUCAAAAACAGAGAGCUAGCAGGAGAAAAGUCCCAAGUAGGAGAUGAGGAUAUUAAAGCUGAAUCAGAGGAUGAGCUUGUUGUGUUUGAGUUUAAGGAUGUGACCCUGGGAUCAGCUACCUUUGAAUCAUUGUGAUGUGAGGACAGCAAAGAAGAGAAACGUGCUUAGAAAAAUCUGUCAAAAGGACAUGAUAAAUACUGAAAAUUUCCUACUAGACUGACCUUUUGGACAAUUUCCCCUGGGACUUUUAUCUUUGGACACUAGAAAUGUUUAUGUACACGUGCUAAAUUCAGUUUCAUGGUGAGCAUAGAGAAACUUUCCUGCUUCAGCAGAUGAAUGUGAAAACAGCCUUCUAAACACAUGCGCAUACGUCAUUCUGCACAGUGAGGCUCAAACAGCAGGGCAGGCUCAAAACACAACAAUAUUUAAUUUAUGAGAUCAGUUUUAACUUACCUUAGAAGUUGUCUCAUAAGAAACAGUGCAUUGUUUUUCUGCUCAGUCUGUUAGCGUGUAUUAGCAGUUUCUAGCUAGCCUAAAGCAUUACAGUUCUUACUACACUAGCGGUGCUACUAAGCUGGUAGUCUCUUUUCCGAUGGAAAGUUGUGAAAAAGUAGAUAAGCCUGUGUCUGCUGGUUGUUAGUGCAGUUAGGAACCGUACAUUAUUUGCAGCUCCAUUGCACUAUGGCAUCAUUAUUUUGGUCACUCCUCUGUGGCAGCAGAAGUUCUAAGGAGCACAGUGGUACAUAGCUUGGCAGCAUCAGCUAGUGCUGGCAUAACAAAUGAAUGACUUAUAUUUUUUACUGAUUCUUUUUUUUACUUUAAUUCAUACUGGGUCUGUACUGGUACGUACUGCCUCCAGGAAAUAGCUGGAAAUGCUUGCACUCUUAAGUCAGACACUGACAAAUGCUGUCACCUUCUCCGGUCCACUCUGCUUUUACAUGUCACCAAACUAACAGCCAGAGAUAAAAAUGGAAACAUUACCACCUUAAACAGCAUUAAAGUACACGUGAGUACAGUGUAACAAAGUUUGGCAGUACAGGUGGUGACUGACUGACAUGUUUUCCCCUCUGGGCCUACCAUAGCUGUAUAUGCAUUCACUGCUGAAACCUGACUCAACUCGGCUGCUCUUGUACACACUCGCUUCCCUUGACACUUCCCGUAGAUGUCGAACUGCAGCCCAUAAGCUGAAGAAUACCGAAAAGACUGCUUGGGGACUUCGGGGCUCCCAGCACUUUGGUGAUACCUGAUGCUGCAUUUUGGUUGAUAGAUACUACUACUAUAGAACUACUUUUAGUGCCUGUUAGUGUUAAUAAUUGUUUUGCAUAUUGAUUUAAAUACUUUUAUGGUUCCCAGGUCAUAUCUUAGUUCUGUUACUGUCAUGAUACAACAUACGUACAAGUUGGUAAACUUCUGUUUAUUUAUUGUAAAAAAUAAUACACAAUACAUAAACUACUUUAUUUCAACUCGAUACUAGCUUACCCUGCUUCUGUGCCCUGUAUUCUUGUGGCCUGAUAAGUGUGCAAUGCCUAAUACUCGAAAACACAAAAAAGUUUUAUAUAGUUAGAGGUCUGGACCCAGGCAUACCGAAUAAAAUAGAACAAUCAAUCUUCCUGGCUCUAAUGGGAGACAGAUCACCACGCACAUUUACAGGUCUCAGGCACGGCAGGAGUGUACCAAAAGUCACAUGUUGAAAGACAGCCAAUUAUAGGCGUACCUGUGGUGUAACGAAAUAAUUCUGUUUUUCCAGCUCUUGAAGCAAAAUACUUUUCGUUUCACUCAUAAAUAAGGUUGUUUACACUGAGUUAAUAAGUACAUAUUAUAGUACUCAUUGCAGAUUUGUGUACACAUUCACAAAUCUACUAUCUAUUUGGCUCCACACAAACUGCAAAUGUCAUAAAUACAUGCUGGCAGAGUCACAACAGGAACACAGAAGCAUAAAGAAAAUAGGCACGGUGUAGUACAGUGCCUGUAGCACGCAGUUGCAUUAUUAAGCUUUAAACUGUAGCUUUGUAGUUCUCUAUUCUUGAUAUGAUAUGGUUUGCCUUCCACUGUAGCUAGGUGUUUUUAGCUGACAUUGAAAAAGAAAAGACUAGCUUUACUGUGCAUAAAUGUUUCUAACUAUUUUGAUUUUAAUUGCUGUGAUGUUGCUUACAGUACAUCAUCUUGUACUGUGAGCGAAGCAAUGAUGCUGUCUCUCUUGGUUAAUGAAAUAUGGAGAGGAGGAGGAACAUGUCAGUUUCCAUGUUUACUCUGAAUAAAUAUUUCUAUAGCAUCUUUACUCAGAUGAUUCCUUGCUUCAAUUAUGCAUGCAGGCCCACCACUAAUAGGCUGGCUAUGUAAAGACUAUAAUACAGCACAAUAAAGCAUACAUCUGUCUCCCACAUGGCAUUGACAUUGAAACAUUGAAUACACCGACCUUUAAAGAAUGCAAUUAAAUGUUUCCAGUGGACAUUGACCUAAAGAAAUCAAACAAGCUUCUAUAAUAUUACAUCAAAUUACUCUGACUGUCUUAGCUGGUAUAUUUUCUGUCACCAUAUAUCUUUCAUCUUGUUUAGUUGCCUGUUAAAUGUUAUCCAGUGUGAAACAAAAUCUGCACAUUAGAGAUUAGAGUGGGAGCAGAGUUUGCACAGCAAUUCUGCUGCUUGGCAGAGUGGAACAGUUCUGCCAUCUACUCUGAGAAACACAAAAACAUUAUGAUAGCCAUUUAUUGUUUGGCAAAGAUUUUGUCCCAAAAAUUACCAAUCAUUUCUGUGAAAUUACAUGUACCUGCUUUUUCAUUAUUAGGUUUCAUGGAUGGACAGUGUCAUUAUUUUAGUGAAACUGGAAAGAAUACAUGAAGCACAAUUAGCAAGGGAUUCUAACUGUCCUCAAUUUACAAAACUUGUUUUUAUUUAAUCUUAGUUUUUCUUAGACAUCUUUCUUUAAGUUUCUUUCUUUCCUCGCCUAAAGUAUGGGCACAAUUUAAAUUUUUUCUAAGCAAGCCUCAGUACCAAACUGAAGAAUUGUUUCUUCAUGCCGUCAUCUUUUUGAAGUUUUCAUCCAGUCAACGGAAUUACUCAAGCCUAGCUGGAGAAGUUAGUGUAGCAAGAUUAAUUGUAUUUGUCACACAUUACAAGGACUCAACAGAAGCCCUAUAUCUGAGAGCCUCGGGUGAGCCAUGCCAGCGAAUCCUUGGACGGAACCUCAGUCCGCGUGACCUGAAGUGAAGACGCUGGUAGACCCUGCUGUUGGGUCAUCAUCUGCUCGGCUAACUAUUACCUCCAGAGACGCCUGGGAGCGUAACUUGCAGCUGGUUUCCUUCACAUCAGAGCCUGAAGUUACAGUUAGGCCCUGCACCUCCCGCUGCGCCAGCAAACUCAACACUGCACAACAACUUUGGAAGUCAGCUGAAACAGUCUCCUCUCUGCAACAACGCUUCAAUGAGUAGGAAAAAUCCACUUUUGUGUUAAGAGCUGAUGUUGAAUAAAAUAAUUUUCUUUAGAGAAUUUGAUUGCCCCUAGUGUCUCGCCGUUUGUUUUGAUAACUAAACUACAUGCUUCACAUCACUAUUGCCACUGAGUUAAGGUUUAUCCCACCAUUUAAGAUGUAUAUUCAUUUGUUUGAUAAUUUCUUCAUCAUAUAUUCUUUAUUAAUGCUUCUUUUAUUCAGUUAUUAGUAGGCAUUUAGCUGUAAAUAAAUGUCCUCAUUUAUCAGCAA